AUGAACUUGAAUAACUUUCUAACUGGUAUGUUUGCAAAUGGGAAUCUAGAAAACUACGCUGACACUGAACUAUUCAGGGCAAUUGUGGACGAGUACGACAUGAAUAAGGCGUAUCAACUGACAGUGGAGAAUGACUCAUUCAGCCCAUUCAAAUUCUGGUUCUACAGGAGAUUCAUGAAUUCACAGCUCGAUGCUCACAGCUAUCUGUUCACACAGAAGCCAUCUGAGAUACAGCAACUGUUGCUGUGUAGAUUGUCAGUAUCAAGCAUCGACAACAACUCAGAUGAGCACGUUCUGAGCAGACGGAAUCUCUACAAGACUGCAAUGAAUGUGGCUAAGGGCAUCAUGCAUAAAUUCAAGAUGAACAAAUAUAAGUUUGAUGAAAUAGCAUUGCUUGAAACAAAAGACAGGCUGGCUAUGACAAAGGGGGAGUAUUCGAUCAAGGAUGUGCUACGACUGCUUGAGACAUGCGAUUCGGAGAUCAUAGGUGAGUUCUUCAAGUACGUUGAUUCAGGCGAAAUCAGCCUAAAAGAAGCAAAGGAGCAUUUGGAGAAGAUUGCACCAUUUGAGCCUAAGGCAUACGUGAUACUGGGAGACAUAGAGUAUUACAACCUGAUUGACACAGAAGAAGGGAAUGACGUAGACAAGGCAAUGGACUACUAUUGGGCUGGAUCAGACAAGAAGAAUGCUGAAUGUUUCACUGGUUUGGGCAAAAUAAUGCAAUUUGUCUAUGAAGAUAAUGAGGCAGCACAAUUGUACUACGAGAAGUCGUUGAAUUUGAAGGAGACCUCAGAAAGCGCAUUUCUGUUGGCAAAUUUGACUGGAAAUGACACACUCAUAGCCCAAACAGCAUUGAAAGGGUAUAUUCCAGCAAUGGUCACGUGGUACGAGAAGCUGCUCAAGAAGAAUGCGGAAAUCACAACCAACAACACGAAGAGCAUCCUUUCUGUACUGAAAUACCAUCCACAUAUCAUGGAAAUGUGUAAAAUGGCAUCUGAGGCGUAUUCAAAAUGCAAUUAUGCCAAGGCAUUUCUGAUCUAUUUGUACAUAUCAGAAUAUGACGUGGAGAAUGCCCACAUGAAUGUUGUGUAUUUGGUGAAGAAGCACGAGAAAGAGUUGGUUGAUCAACUUGGUGAUCUGGUGAAAGUGGCCUAUUUUGAUUCAGUGAAGCACCUGUCUCAGAAAAACAAGAAGUUUUACAAGGAGCUUGGAAAUUGCUAUUCCAGGGGAUUUGGUAUUGAACAGUCGUACGAGCAUGCAUUGGGAUGCUAUGCAAUGGCACCAAGCAACGACCUUGAGCUGCUCUAUUCAAUUGUGACUCUUCUGUUUGAUGGAAAGGGAUGCCCUCGCAAUUUAUUCGAAAUCAGGAAAUUCAUCAAUAAGCCAGUCUUCCUGGCCCACAAAUUGGUCUAUUAUGCACUAAGAAUCAAACUAUUCACAUAUUGCAUGAAAGAGGAUCUGUUUAAUAUUGGGCUCAAAGUGGUAUUUGGGCUGCUUACAGUUCUAUUGAUGAGAAUGGGAAGUGUCAUCUUUGCUGAAAUGAGCCUGUAA